AUAGCCGCUAUUCUUUUGGGUUUUGUCAACUAGCCUUCAUACAGUCCAAGAAUGACCUGUGUGGGCUAGAGGAACCAAGGUGUAGGUUUUUGGUACAUUCGUAUUAGUUCUGAACAAACUCAAAUACUGCCUUUCUGUAGUUUUUGGAUAGUUUCUAAGUAGUCUGUUCCAUCUUCUCUCUUCUAGGUUGCUAGGAUGGACAGGGGCCACAGUGCGUUUUAUUAUCUUUGGCUGUUUUCUUUAGUCAUAUCUCUAGUCCUUCCCUCUGUCGUUUUAGCUGUACCUGUGUCCUUACAAAUCCCUUUAGGGCUCUCUUUGAUCCUUUAUCUGAUGCCCAUCCCCCCAUUUUCCCAGCCUCCCACUAGAUUCCUUAUCUUUGUCCAGGGGUGUUGUGUAUAUUACAGAGUCUGAUCAUUUCCAUCACAUGUGUCUCUUGGUAGUGCCAGGAAUUUUCCCACACACCAGCAACCAAUCACUUUUCUUCUUGUCAGAAGAAGCCAUCCUUGGGACUAUUGUGAAAGGGAAGACUUUAAGGCUGGAUUGAAGCUUAGCCUUUCCAUUCCCUUGCUUGAUACUCUGGGCAAGAUGUACAUGUCUGACCUGAACUGAAUUCUCAUCUCAACUCUCAGCAUCAUCACCAUGUUGAGCUGCCUCUUCCUCCUGAAGGCAUUUCUUGCUCUUGGGUCCCUGGCAUUCUGGGCAGCAGGAGAGCAUGUGAAAGAAGGAGAAUGCCCUCCGGAUAAGAACCCAUGCAAAGAGCUGUGCCAGGGGGAUGAAUCCUGUCCGGCCGGGCAGAAGUGCUGUAGCACAGGCUGUGGUCAGCUCUGCCAAGGAGGCAUCCCUGAGGGGAGGAAAGGAGACUGUCCCAGGGUUGCUCAGAAACAAUCCUGUGUUAAAAGGUGCGUCACUGAUGAGAUGUGUCCAGGUGUAAAGAAAUGCUGUGCAUUUGGCUGCAGCAGGAUCUGCGUCAUCCCAAUCCCUAAACAGAAGCUGGCACUGGGCUUGAGCACCUCUGGACCCCAGUGCACUGAUUCUGUCGCAGAGUUUGAAGGUGAAUGUCCUGCUGACCCACUUCCGUGUGAAGAGCUGUGUGAUGGAGACGCAUCCUGUCCCCAGGGGCAUAAAUGCUGCAGCACCGGCUGUGGCCACGCCUGCCGUGGUGACAUUAAGGGAGGGCGGGGUGGCGACUGUCCAAACAUCUUGGUGGGCCUGUGUAUUGUCAGCUGCAGGGUGGAUGAGAACUGCCAAGCUGGGGAGAAGUGCUGCAAGUCAGGCUGUGGCCGCUUCUGUGUCCCGCCAGUCCUGCCACCCCAACUGGCCCUGAACCCCAACUGGACCAUCCGGUCUGAUUCUGAAUUAGAGAUCCCAGGGCCCUCGCUGUCCUGAUAUGUCCUGAGCUUCUUUGGUGACUCCAGGGAGCUUGUCCUGCCAGCCAGGAGAGGAUGCUGUCCUGGGGCUUGUGACCCUCCCAGGGGCUUUCACUGCCCUCUCUGCUCUGCUUCUGUUCCUGCCGCUGCUCUGAGCAUGGGAAACACAGCCCUGGGCUUGGGCACUGGGGGUGUGGUGCUUCUUUUCCCUAAUAAAGGCUGGUGCUGA